GUUUCCGCCAUAACAGAAGAUGGUUUGGAUCGAGUGAGGUAAACCGAGAAGGGAUUGCAAGGAUCCGCAUUCCAAUUUUUCCCGAUUUCAGCGAGCCGAACGCGUAUUGAUUCCGUGGAGGAUUUCUAUUUGGUUUUGGCAAUCGGGCGGCGCGAUGGAGAUGGCGAAUCAGACGGAAGCGCCGCCUCCCCGGCAGCCGCAUCCGCCGUCGGAGGCCAAGAAGGAAGGAAGGGACGGAUGGAAGGCGAGCAAUUGGUUCGGAGGGGCAAAGCCGCUGCCUGUGUUUGCUUUAUUCGCCCUCGUCCUGCUUCUCACUGUGCUCUCGGGAGUCCAUCGCGUUUCGUUUCUUGAUCGGUUCCUCGCGCCACUGCCAGAAGCGGAACAAAAAGGUUCAGUGGACGAAUCCCUCGGCGGCCUGCUCUCCCUUGCAUUUGAUGAAGCCUCUUGCAGAAGCCGAUUCGAGUCUGCAAAAUUGUUGAAACCUCUGAACCACACCCCUUCUCCGUAUCUCUCAGAGAAGCUACGAAGCUACGAAGCUCUCCACAGAAAAUGCGGCCCGAACACCGAGCUCUACCGCGAGAGCAUCAGGCAGUUGAACUCCAACCGCAGUGGCGGCGGCCCGACGGAGUGCAACUACGUGGUGUGGUUGCCACAGCAUGGCUUGGGCAACAGGAUGAUCAGCAUAACCUCUGCUUUCCUCUACGCUCUCCUCAACGACAAAGUCCUACUGCUCUUCUUCCCUGACUACAUGAACGGCCUCUUCUGCGAGCCGUUCCCCAACACCACUUGGCUUCUACCAUCUGAUUUCCCUAUCACGCGUGUGACCUCGAUCUUCGAUAAAGAUCCAAAUCGAUAUGGGAAUUUGCUCAGAGAUAAGAUCCUCAGUAAUGACAUGAACAUCACCAAUGCUUCGAUUCCGCUGCCAGCUUAUCUGUACCUUCACCUCGUACAUAACAACAAUGACUACGACAGAAUGUUCUACUGCGAAGAUGGUCAGCUGCUGCUUCGACAGUUCCCAUGGUUAUUGCUGAGGUCGAACCAGUAUUUCGUCCCAGCUUUGUUUCUCAUACCGAUGUUCGAGCAGGAGCUCGGCUUGCUCUUCCCUGAGAGGACGACCGUGUUUCAUCUCCUGGGAAGGUAUCUCUUCCAUCCAUCCAACGCGGUUUGGGGCUACGUAACAAGGUACUACCAAGCAUACCUAGCAAAUGCAGAAGAAAUAUUGGGCGUCCAGAUCAGGACAUUUGCAGAAGUCGAUCUCGACAAGCACUCGAGUUAUAUAAUGAACUGCGCGAUCUCAAAGAACUUGCUGCCCAGUCUCGAUACGAAAGACGCCGCUGCUCUUUCGGACACCAUCCGAGUCAAACCGAAAGCUGUCCUCGUGACCAGUUUGAAGACUGAGUACUUCGAGAGGAUAAGGGACACGUACUAUAGGAAUGCGACGGCGACAGGAGAGGUGAUCGGCGUCUAUCAGCCGAGCCAUGAAGAGAAACAAUUCACAGAGAAGUUGGAUCACAACGUGAAGGCUCUGGCGGAGAUUUAUCUCUUGAGCUUGAGCGACUCGUUGAUUACGAGUCAGUAUUCUACGUUUGGGUAUGUAGCGCAAGGGCUGGGUGGAAUUCGACCGUGGUUGCUCGUGAGGCCCGAUGAUGAGAACCUUUGCCUGCAAUCCUCGACGAUGGAACCCUGCUUCCACUUCCCUCCCUCGUUUGAGUGCAAGUCGAGAAGGGAAUUAGACCUCGGCUCCGUGGUUCCAUAUUUGAGACACUGUGAAGACAAGGCCGCUGGUAUCAAAUUGUUUUAUUAGAAGUUUUGAGUCAACUUACUACAGAGUUUGGAGAGUACUGGUAGCGUAUAAAGUUGAGUCAGCUGUGUGCAGAACUAUACAUGAGGAUUCACAUGUGGAAUUUCAAGUGGUGAUACUCGUGUUUAGAUGAUACAAUUUGUACUUGUGAUUGUCGAUCUCAGUGAGGAUUAAAGGCAUGAUGUAUUGAUAAAGUAUUUAAUAGAAUAAAUUAAAAGAUUAAAAUUUGAA